UUUACCAAAAUCGGAGUACGUUUCCUGUUAUUUGAAAAUGAAGUUACUUCUGGCUCUUGUGGCAACUGUUGCCUUCGCUAACGCGAGGUACAUCGAGCAGGAGAUUCCUGAAUAUAACACCGCGUAUGGCUACAUGCAGAACUAUGGUAUCCCACUUGCGCAGGCCAUCUACAAAGCGGAACAGGAGAACAAUGAGCCCAGAAUUAUCGGAGGAUCAGCGGCUAGAUUGGGACAAUUCCCUUACCAGGCUGGUCUGAUCUCUGACAUCGUCGGCACCAGCAACCGCGGUGUCUGCGGCGGUUCUUUGGUGUCCACGUCCAGGGUAGUGACUGCUGCUCACUGCUGGUUCGACGGUCGCAACCAGGGCUGGAGGUUCACCGUCGUGUUGGGCUCCAUCAGUCUCUUCAGCGGCGGCACCAGGCUGGAAACCACCAACGUUGUUAUGCACAACAGUUGGAACCCAAACAAUGCCCGUAAUGAUGUCGCUGUCAUCCGCUUGAACAGCGCCGUGUCCUUAAAUGCCAAUAUCGCAUUAGUAGCUCUGCCAACUGGCUCUGUAGCGAACGAGAACUUUGCGGGUAACACUGCUACGGCAUCUGGCUUCGGUCUUACCAGGCAAAAUGGUCAAAUCACCACUAGUCAGUUCCUAAGCUUUGUCAAUCUGAACGUGAUCACGAACAACGCCUGCUCUCUGGCUUUCCCGCUGAUUGUCCAGUCCUCGAACAUCUGCACUAGCGGCUCUGGUGGUAGAGGUGUGUGCGGCGGCGAUUCUGGCGGCCCCUUGACUGUUGUGAGAAACAACAGACCUACCUUGGUCGGUAUCACGUCUUUCGGCUCUGGUCUCGGCUGCGAAAGGAACCUACCCUCCGCAUACGCGAGAGUCACCUCUUUCCUGAGCUUCAUCAACCAGAACAUUUAAAUAACUAUAAGAAAUAUUUCUAUAAAAUACCAAAAUGUACUAACACUGAAUAAAAGUACUCAAUUAUCUGAAAAA